GAUUCAAAAUGUCCCUGGAGAUUCAGCUGCGCUCUUGAGGAGUUGUGGGUGCUCAGCUCUGUGUCCUAGAGCCUCAGGAUGAGUCUAGAACAAGCUGCUGCAGCCCUGCUUGUCAAAAACGAUCAACUUAAGCGGGAGAUUGAGCACCUGAGAUCUUUAGUGAGCCUGCUCCAGGAAAACCAGAUGCUGACAUCCAGGACGCACAGCAGCAGCGAUUCCACACUGACUGACUUGACAGGAUCUAAGCACUCGGACCGGUGGCACAGCAGCAUUGACGAGCAACAGUUCAUGAGAGACCUCCAUCAGAACAGACCCAACAUGAAUUUCAGAACAUCGUCUCCUGUCAACUUCAAAUCCAACAUGAAUUUCAGAACAUCGUCUCCUGUCAACUUCAAGUCAUUCCUCCAAAGUUCGGUGCUGAAAAAUGCUGAAGAGGCAGAAGAGCUUCAUAGCCAGGCUGAUGUUCCUCCUUUUGCCUUAGGUCAUCCAAGGCUGCUUGGUGAGAUUGCCUAUCAGCUGGAUAGGAGGAUCCUGUCGUACGUGUUCCAGGCUCAUCAGAGGCUCUAUGGUUUCAUACUCCUCAACAUACCACAGAGGAUUGUCGAGGUGAGCACUCACCCUCUGACGGGGCAUAUGGACGAGGCGUACCGGCUCUAUCUCUCCAACAGGUUCACAGACCUCAUGGAGUCGCUCGGCAAGCUGGGGUACAAACUGGCUCUCCACGCUCCGUUUUGUGAGUUUAUUGUCAAUUCGUAUGGAAUCCUAAAGGAGAGGCCGAGAAAAGGCAGCAGCCAAUGGGCUGAGUACAACAAUCCAGAUUUUCUGAUAAAGAUGAUAGAGAACAUUGCUCCACGAAGACUGCAGAAAGACAUGCUGCUGGUGCUCUCGUGCCUCUGUUACCUGUCAACAAAGGACAAGAAGCCCCUCCUUGCGUGGUAAUCACCUGAUCCUGUGAAAAUUUAAAUCUUUCUGAAAUAAAUGGUGAGAUGUGAGAAAU